AUGGAUGAAGAGAAGGAGACUUCAUGCAACGAGUGCCUUUUUGAACCUUUGGAAAAAAAAGCAUUCAUGGAAAUGGUUUGUCUUCUGACAUUGUUUCCAAAAACAAAUGGUAUUGAAUGUGUAUUUUGUCAAGACUCUGUGGACAUACACAAUCUCCAUGAUAUGUUCAAAGUAUACGGAUGUGCACUUUCAUGUCUUAUAAAUCACGUCAUGAAUGUUCAUGAGAUUGACCUGAAUGUGCUCUUCAGUGUGGAGAUGUUUAUAAUGCAUAAAGUGGCAAAAAGGGAUGCUGCAGAUGUGCUAACUGUUCUGGCAUAUAGAAAAAGCAUGAAUGAAAUGUACUCAGAAAUCCUGAAAAAUCAGCUUAUUGCUACAUUCAAGGAGAACUUCGUUGACAAGAAGAUCAAGAUCAAUUGCGAGCAUGAAAUAGAGUCAAUAACAUACAGGUACUAUAGAAGAUUGGAUGAAUCAGGCAUCACACUUAGUAAAAAUCACUUAGAAAUGCUAAUGGUCAUACUUUUCAGAAGAAACGAAUCGAUCAGAUUCUUUAAAGUAUUUAAGAAGUCCAACAGCAUAACGCAUCUAAUAUUCAAUCUUGCAUUGCUGCUUAGCAUGGGCUCUGACUCAGGUGUGUCUACAACUGCAUUGAUAAACGACUUUAAAGGACAUGGAUUUGCAAAGAGUACACUCACAAAAGAUCAGAUGCAUGAGUAUCUUGAAGAGUAUGUUGAAAUACUUGAAUCUAAUAUUGAGCUAGAUGAGUGGGUGUGCGCUCAGCAAAAAAACGUAUAUUGGAGCGAAUGUCUUGAUGUCUGGGCUGCAAACAGAAUGCAUGAAAUCAGUGCGAUGGACAAUUCAAUGCUUGAACUCUGUGUAAAAACCAAGCAUUAUGAAGAUGGUUGGUUGAUAUACGAGACACACUCCAAUACAAAUGUCAUUAACACUACAAAAGUGUGUGUUCUAUGCAUCAGUGCACUCAGAGAUACAAGUGAUCGCAGAUGGAUAGAUAAAAUUGCAGUGCUUAUAGAAGAUGUAAUUACCAGAGAAGAGCCUGAAUCGAUUUGUGAAUUACUUGAAAGUAUUAUGCACAGGAUCUCUGAGCUUCCACUAAAUUAUUUGGUUUCUGCUCUGAAUAUUAUGGAUAGAAUAAUAGAUUGUUUAUGCAGCUAUAGAGAAGUGGUUGUAUUUAUGUUAUCUGCGAUUUGUGCAUUGUGUACUAAAUGUGAAGCACCUGAGAUUAAUUCCAUUUGCAUGAAAUAUGCUAGACAGUUAUACGAUGGAUUCAAGAAAAACAUCAGAAAAGGAGCUUUAAUGAAUAAUCAUAACCAGGCUAUUUUAGAAGUGCAUGAUGCCAUGCUUGCGGUAUGCAAUGCACUGAAUGAUCAUGAGGGAUUCAAUGAUAUUUGCAAUGAUCUGGCAUGCAUGAAUAUAGACAUUAGCAAGCUAUCAUGUAAAUGCACAUACAACGCACAUAAUAGAGAUUGUAACUGUAGUCUUGCAAAAAACAAACUCAUAACCAAGAGAAGUAAAAAACCAUCUUCAUUUGGAUUCUUAAAUAGAUAA